AUGACUUCCAAAGACUUCAAACUGCGCGGAACAGACCUUCUGCACGCUGAUGAUAUCUUCCACACUGCCGAAGUAGCAGCAGGCAUCUCUGUCACAACGACAUUCCGCCACGACCCGGACCCAGAGAAGGACUUCACUGGACGCGAACCCACCGCGCAAGAAGUCAGGGAUACCAAGGACCACGUCUACUCACGUUUGAGCCAGCCGACGUAUGCACGCGCCGAACGCGUGUUGAGCGCCAUCAACGGUGGCUACGCUCUAACAUACUCGUCCGGCUUAUCAGCCACUCUGGCUGCCCUCAACUUCUAUCAGCCCAAGCGCAUAGCCAUUACCGGCGGCUACUACGGAGUGCAUCUCGUUAUCGAUACCUGGAAGCGCGGUCGGAACCUGGAGAUCGUCGACCUGGACACCGAUGAUUACACUGGCGUCGACUUAUGUUGGGUAGAGACUCCGUUGAACCCUACAGGUGAAGCGAGAAAUAUCCAGUACUAUGCGGACAAGAUCCACGCUGUUGGCGGGCACCUUGUUAUUGAUGCGACAUUUGCCCCGCCUCCGCUUCAGUAUCCUUUCAAAUGGGGCGCAGACAUGAUCAUGCACAGCGGCUCGAAGUACUUUGGGGGGCAUUCGGAUCUGCUCUGCGGCGUACUGUAUGUUAAGACCAUCGAUGAGUGGUAUGAGCUGACGAAUGAGCGUCUGCGCCUUGGGAGCGUGAUGGGUUCACUGGAGUCUUGGUUGCUCCUGCGUUCUCUGCGCACACUCCACCUACGCGUCCCGCGCCAGUCGCACAACGCGACAGUGCUAGCUCAGUGGCUUCAUCGUGUGUCCAAGACACCUUCCGGCCAAACGUUUGACGGCGUCCCUGGCGGACUCGUCGCACAAGUCUGGCACUCGUCGCUUCAAGGCAAGGAUGCAAAGACUUGGUCGCCAUCGCUUCAGCAGGAAGGUGGAGGAAGCCCGACAUUCGCCAUCCUGAUGGAGAAGCCGGAGCAUGCCACGGCUCUUCCAAUCACGCUGAAGUACUUCACCGAUGCUACUAGUUUGGGUGGUGUCGAAUCUCUCAUCGAGCAGCGCGCGCGGUCGUCUCCAGGAGAGGACCCCCGACUGAUUCGUAUCAGCCUCGGGGUCGAGGACGUUGAGGACCUCAAGGAAGAUUUCCGGCGGGCGUUGAAUGAACUGGUUCAGGCAAAGACGAAGCUUUGA